UGUUUCUCUUAUAUUCUGUUUUGAUUUUACAUUCUUUCGACCAAGUAGUUUUUGGCAUUGUCUAUUUCGUCAAAUUUGAUGUAUUUUCAAUCACUACUUUUUGUGGGUAUUAGUAAAUCUUUGCGGGCAAGAAGCUUGGAGAAGGAAACGUAAGAAGUAUAGUUCGCAUGUUAUCUGGUGAAAUAGUUAUUAACAGUAAUGUGUAACUGAUGGAUAUUUCAGAUUGUUGACAAUUGAUACUUCGCAAUCCUUAUAUUGUUUUUGUUAUUUUUUGGGUAGGCAGCACUGAUAUGGCUGGUACUGGGACAAUAAAAAUAUACAAUGUAGGCGACGGAAAAGAUUUCAUCAGCAAUUUACCUGAUGAAAUUCUUCAUCACAUUCUUUCGUUACUCCCUGCCAAAGAUGCCGUAGGAACUUCCAUAUUAGCAAGAAGGUGGAAGUCUUUGUGGAUCGACUUAUCUGCAUUUAAUUUUGACAGGCCAACCAAUCAACUCUUUCAUCUAGUUCACAGACUACUUAAGAGGUCUAGUAGGACUGCAAUUAGGCUCCGUAUUGCAAUGGAUGGUAGUGGAGUUACUGUUGAUCGAGCCAAAUUUCAAUGUUUUCUAUAUGCUGCAGAGCUGGACAAAGUUCAAGAGCUCAAUAUUUCCCUGGAUUUAAAGUCUAAUCCAUUUAUAUUACCAAUUACUUUCUCAAGUGCGUCACUGAAUAGUCUAUGUUUAGAACUUAAAUGUGUUCUAUAUAUUCCCUCUUGGGGUUUUUCUGGCUUGAAGACAUUAAUGAUUUCAUUAGUUACCUUUGCAAAUGACAACUCACUUCGACGGCCUCUCUCUGAGUGCAUUUUCCUCCGAAAGUUAGUCUUGCAUGGUUGUGAUUGGAAGAACAUAGAAGAGAUCAGCGUUGUAAUGCCCACCUUAAGGGAAUUGAGCAUAACCUUUUCCCGUUUUCAUGCACAUUAUUUGGUCAAUUCGAAAGUCAAGAUUGAUGCGGAGAAUCUUUUAUCUUUCAGUUGCAGAGGCUGUUUAACAUUUGAAUUUGUUCUUGUUAACCUCACCUCCAUAGUUAAUGCAUAUAUUGAUUUCAAGAGUGGUUUUCCAUCAAACUAUCUAUAUACGGCUGCUCAUGAAAUAAAACUAUUGAGUGGACUUCAUAGGGUAGAGUCUCUCAGCCUAACAAUUGAUACUCUUGAGUGUCUUUCAUACACAAAAGAUACUCUACAUCUCCUUCCUUGCUUCUGCAAUUUGACGCUGCUCAAUGUGAAUUUGUCAACUCCCUAUUUUGGUGAAGAAAUAGCUAAAAUCGAGUUGCUGAAGAUUUUGUUAGAAAAGGCCUCAGUUUUAGAAAAGAUCGAAAUAUUCUGUUCAGAAAGUUUAUUGGCUGAUUUGGAGAUGCAGAAAUAUAUCAGGAACCAAUUGGAAGCUGUAGGUCUGAAAAAUUGUGUCAUUACAUUUAGAUAAUGGGAUUCACUUCAAUUCAUACACAGAUAUG